AUGGGGUCAUUUUGUCUCGCCAUUUUGGUGGCUAUCUGUGUUUUCUCUGCACAUGCUACAUUUUACAAGCCAGCCGAGCUUCCUGUUAACGUUGGUGGUGGUCCGAAAUUCACAAACUAUAAUCCGAUUAACAGAAACGUCGAUGUUCUUGGAAUCCAGUCUCAGAAACGAAUAGACAAUCGAGUUACUGUAAAUGUUGCGACUGGUCAUACACAUGGACAAGGCGCCAUCGAAGAAAGACGCGGUGGACGCGGUAGAACCGGGGGACCCGGUGGACCUGGAGGACCUGGUGGACCAGGUGGGCCAGGUGGACCAGGUGGAUCAGGUGGUAGUGGUAAAUAUGAAUUUGGAUUUGAAAGACGCGGUGGACCCGGUGGACCUGGGGGACCUGGUGGACCAGGUGGACCAGGUGGUAGUGGUAAAUUUGAAUUUGGAUAUGAAAGGCGUGGUGGACCUGGUGGGCGAGGAGGGGCAGGCGGUAGAGGUAGAAUUGGAAUUGGUGGACGUGGUGGACGUGGUGGACGUGGUGGACAAGGGGGACAAGGUGGGCAAGGAGGACAAGGGUGGCGGAGGGGACAAGGUGGUCGUAGUAAUGUUUUCCAAGGUAGACGAGGUGGGCCUGGGGGACCAGGUGGACCUGGUGGGCGAGGGGGACCAGGGGCACCAGGCGGU